AUGAUGGACGAGGAAGACGAGGAUGGAGUGGACAAUGAGGUUCACUCAGAUGAAUCCGGUGGAUCCGAUACUUCAGAUGAUAACGAAGAGGCGGAUCCGAUCCCCUCUUCUUGGAACCAUGAUUUGUCGGAGGCAAUGAUAGUCGAUGAUCGGCACGAUUCUGCCUGGGAGUACAGCAUGAACACCAUCUCAGUUGGUGCUAGAUAUGCUGACAAGAGACAUCUGCAGGAAGCAAUCACUCAGUGGGCAAUGAACACGCAAAGGGUAUUCAGAACCACCGUUUCAAGUCAGAAAUUCUUGACAGUGGUCUGCAGCGAUGCUAGAUGUCCAUCAAGGGUGCAUGGGUACUGUCCGAAGUAUGACACAACAUGGGUGGUGAGCGACUUCGUGCCGCACACAUGUGUCCUUAAGAGUAUGUUGAAGGAUCACCGAAACCUUACAUCCACUCUUAUUGCUCGCCUGUUCUACAAGGAGAUUGUAGAGAAUACAGCAAUGGGGGUUAAAGCCAUCCAGAGAAGAGUUCACCUUCAAUAUAAGUAUGUAAUUGAAUAUGGCAAGGCAUGGAGGGCUAAACAGACGGCACUGGAGAACAGAUUCGGGACCUUCUAUGAUGCUUAUGACGGUGUCGUCCGUCUCCUGCAGACAUUGAAGGCCCGGAAUCCGGCACCCAUGUGGACAUACAAGACUUUGUGA